AUGACCUCGCAAAAGAGGCAGGCAGAAGAACCUCUGGCCUCUUGCUCCAAGCAGGCAAAGCCAGCAGCAGAAAUGCAGAAAAAUCCUGAGCCACAAGGGGAUAUUUUCAUGGAUGAUGGGCUAGAGGUUGAUAAUGAAGUUAGUCGCAGUGACUAUCCUUCUUCUGCUCUUUGUAAAGAGACAGCGCAGCUACAGCAAGCUGGCCAGGAAGCAAGAGAUGCCCAGAUCAGAAAGGACCUGGAAACCAUGAAGCUGAUAUUCCACGAGGCAGCUCAAUAUGCCAGCCCGGUCGCUAGAACCGGAUCCAACGAGGGAAAGCAGUUCAAGGACACUCGGGUCUGUUCAAUGUUAGCUGCGUGUCCGAACCAGCUUCUCUCCAAGAUCUAUGCUUUACGGGAGGUAGUCACUGGCCAUGCUGGGCGCCGUAGCAUGCUAAUUGAGGACAUGAAGUUCUGCAAAGAAAUAUGCGAUAUUCUGACCCGCGAGGAGUAG